GGAGCGAAGUGGAACUGGCCACGCCUUAGCUGUGCCGAGUAUUCCUCCUGCUUCCUGUAGAGGGCGCCCUUCCGUCACAUAUCCUGGCUUGAUGAGCGCCAUUGCUUAAUUGCCAGGAUGGAUCAUACCAAGAACCGCCACUGGGUUGGCUGAGAGACAAGAACAGACAAGUUCAAUCAGCCAUCAACACGCCAUCAAACCCAGGGGACGCUGACAUGAUUGUGGAACAGUAGCUUGGCUGUAUUGUUGUGUGAAGAUGACUCCUGUUACUACAUGCUGCCAAUUUAAGCCCUGGUGAGGGCUUGUAGUUCCCUCCACUUCGCCAAAUCUCCCUUGAGGACGCAUGAAACACCUGAUGCACCUGUUUUGGUUGCUUUGUCUCGACACUCCACGGCAGUCGCUCUCCUCAAUGCCCAUCUGCACUGGAAAACAAAGCAUGGAAAUUGGUGGCUUUUUACUGGGAUUAAGCGUCUUUCUCCAUUUUCACAUCUCUGUCUCCUCAGAGGCCACGUGCAUGCUGAAGGAAAAGUUCAACCUGAAUGGCUACAAAGAUGUCGAGAAAAAGAAGGUGAUCAUUGGGGGAAUGUUUCCUGUCCACAAGACCAUUGCUCUCAGUGAUGCCAACACGUCACGGUUGCCCGUGUCUUCAGGAUGUGAGGGAUUCAACUACCGCGCCUUCCGCUGGACCCAAACUAUGGUGUUUGCCAUCCAGGAAAUAAACCACAUGGACGACCUGCUGCCCAACACCGACCUGGGCUACGUCAUCUACGACUCCUGCUUCACCAUCUCCAAAGCUGUGGAAGGCACCCUCACUUACCUUACCGGCCAAGAUGAGGCUGUACCAAACUACCGCUGUGGGACUGGGGCGCCCUUGGCCGCUCUUGUGGGAGCGGGGGGUUCUGACUUGUCCAUUGCCACUGCCAGAAUCCUCGGACUUUACCAUUUUCCACAGGUCAGCUACUGUUCAUCCUGCUCAGCCCUGGAGAGCAAGUUCCAGUUCCCAACUUUUCUGAGGACCAUCCCCAAUGACAGACACCAGUCAACAGCUAUGGCCCAGCUGGUUCUUCACUUCGGUUGGACUUGGGUGGGAACUAUUGCCGCUGAUGAUGACUACGGCAAGUACGGCAUCAAAGACUUCAAGGAGCAGGUAGAAGAGGCCGGGGUUUGUAUCUCCUUCUCUGAAACCCUACCUAAGGUGAAUUCACCUGAAGACAUUCACCGAAUUGUCCAAACCGUAGUUGAGUCCACAGCCAAGAUCAUAGUAGUCUUUUCAUCCGAUGUUAACCUCAGUCCUCUGGUUCUUGAGCUGCUUCGUCAAAACGUGACCAAUCGCACUUGGAUUGCCAGUGAGGCCUGGGUCACCUCAGCUCUCAUUAACCAGCCAGGGGUAAGCUCAGUUCUGGGUGGUACCAUUGGCUUUGCGGUGAAGAGGGCUGACAUUCCUGGUCUUCAGCAGCAUCUUUUAGACCUGGACCCUUACGAUGACCCUCUCACUGAGGAAUUCUGGGAGACGCUGUUUAACUGCACACUGGACUAUAGCACAGCCCUAAGAAAGUCCAAAGACAGAGCCAGUGUGUUAAAUGGCACAGCAACCAAGGCAAUCGGGACUCUUCCUGAUGGUUUAUGCACCGGCAGUGAGUCCCUUGCACGGCUCAACAGCACCUACUCUGACAUCUCACAGCUACGAAUCACCUACAGUGUGUACAAAGCGGUGUACGCUGUUGCUCAUGCCUUGCACAACCUGGAGCACUGCAAGGAGGGACAGGGGCCAUUCAUUGGGAUCGGCUGUGCUGACAUCACCAAGUUUGAGCCAUGGCAGCUGAUGUACUACCUGAAGAAUGUCCGCUUCAAAGUGCCGCACACAGAUGAGGAGGUCUACUUCACGGAUGGAGAUGUAGAGGGCUUUUAUGACAUCAUUAACUGGGGCGUUGAAAGUAAUGGGGAAAUAUCAUACGUCACUGUGGGACGCUACAAUGCUAGUGCAACUUUGGAUGAGAGGAUGACCAUCAUCAAUGAUUCCAUUGUGUGGAACAAUGAAGCUCUUGAGCCUCCUCAUUCAGUGUGCAGCGAGGACUGCAAGCCGGGUACCAGAAAAGGAAUCCGACAGGGAGAACCGGUCUGCUGCUUUGACUGCAUCCCGUGUGCUGAUGGCGAGAUAAGCAACAUGACUAAUGCUCGUGAGUGCGCCUUGUGCAGGGGGGAUCACUGGUCCAAUGAAGCUCAUGACGCCUGUGUACCAAAAAUCAUUGAGUUCCUGGCAUUUGGAGAGCCACUGGGCAUCACUCUUAUCGUCAUCUCCACUUUUGGUGCUCUCGUCACCAUUGCCGUCGGGGUGGUGUUGGUCAUGCACUUGGGCACUCCUCUGGUGAAAGCCAAUGAUGCUCUAUUAAGCUUCUUAUUGCUCUUCUCAUUGGUGGUGACGUUCCUCUGCUCCAUCGUCUUCCUCGGAGAGCCUCAGCACUGGAGCUGCAUGACCAGCCAAGUAGCCUUGGCUUUGGGCUUCGCUCUAUGUCUUUCCUCCCUCAUGGGCAAGGCAGCAGUGCUGAUGCUAAGAGCUCAGGCUAUAAAAGCGGCCCGUGCCAGAUCCAAAGCAGCUGCCAAAGCCGCAAAAGCAGCAGCCAACAGCGGCAGUCCUGACGUCGUUGUAGCCAACACCGCCAAUCUCGGUGAUGCGCUGGUUGCUACCGCUCAGCCUGAUCUUCUCACUUCUGGACACCAAAGGGCAAUAGCGCUUACGGCAACAUUAAUUCAGGCUUUAGCUUGUACCGUGUGGCUCAUCAUCUUGCCCCCCUAUCCGAGGAAGAACACCUCAGCUCAGAAUAUCAAAAUAAUUCUGGAGUGCAAUGAAGGCUCUGUCGUCUUCAUCUCCAGCAUCUUUGCCUAUGACAUCCUGCUGGCUCUGCUGGCGUUCAUCUUCGCUUUCUUGGCCCGAAAACUAGAAGACCACUUCAGUGAGGCCAAGUGUAUCACCUUCAGUAUGCUGGUUUUCUUCAUUGUGUGGAUCUCCUUCAUCCCGGCGUACCUCAGCACGCGAGGGAAGUUCAUGGUAGCCGUGCAGAUUUUUGCAAUCUUGGCCUCCAGUUUUGGUAUACUGGCCUGCAUUUUUCUGCCAAAGUGUUACAUUCUCCUGAUCAAACCUGAACGCAACACAGAGGAGAUGAUGAGACCACACGGAAAACCACGUGACGGGAUCUCGACUGGGACAUCAGCAUCGCUUGCCACCGCCGCUACCGAUGUCAAUGCUACGACUGCAUCCACUGCUAUUGAUGAUUAAGUGACAGGUAAUAGGAAGAAAUACUAGAAAUACUCCACAAGGUGAGGUUAGAGUUUUUGUUAUGUCAUAUGUUCAGUCUAUUAAACUAAAUGUAGAAUAUAUUGGCAAUUGAAGAUAAUAUUAACCAUACAAAGUUUUAAUUGUGAUGCGAUUCUUUUUCUGACACAUUUUAUUCACACAAUUAAAUACAUACAAGUAAUAAUUCUUUUAAAGAGGCUGCUAACUUUGUUCUAUUGUGAUUAUUUUCUGGCCAAUUCAGGCCCAGUCCUCGGCAUAUUCAAAGGAUAAAAUGAAUUAAUGAUUAAUUAGAUAUAUAUAAGAUGUUUCACUAAUUAGCUUUGUCACCUAUAACUGUAGCUCAGUGUAUGUGUGCUUGCUUAUAAUUCACAUAUUAUUCAUUUCCCAUUCUGUGCACACGUUGUGCGUCAUAAAUACGUCAUCGGGCAAUCCUUUAGUUGUCCAAGAUCAAUUCACACACUAUUAACAUUGCAAUCCAAGGUACCUCUGUGUUCUCAGUGUAUGUGUGCUUGCUAAUAAUUCACAUAUUAUUUAUUUCCCAUUCCGUGCACAUGUUGUGCAUCAUAAAUAUGUCAUCCGGCAAUCCUUUAGUUGGCCAAGA